UUCGCCUACUUCGUUUGCCCCACCAUGGUUGUGACCACCGGGAUUAAAGCAACUCGCUUGCUCCAUAUCGCAGAGCAUAACCAGAAACGAAACUACAUAAAUCGCUAACGUAGAACUAAAUCUGAACUAAAAGCAUCGUUUUUACAAAUAUUCAAGCAGAGUUCUUAAAGGAAUCUUUGUAUUAGUAGAUGACAACAAUUCAAUGUAAUAUAAACUACGUUUAUCUCAAGGAAUGGACACGUUCAUUUGCUACGAUGUGUGGUGUAUAUGAAACAGUCACCAAUAUUCAUUGAGAGGUUUCAAAUGGAACUGUGAAAUAACCCAGUGAACCUUUUGUGAAAAAGCAAGGCGUUUACAAAUCCUUGAUAACGUGAAGCCAUCGAUAUACGGACUUUAAAACACGAACCAUCGAUAUACGGACUUAAAACACGAGAUACUACUGCUGCCUUGUGCUACCCAACAAUGUGACCAAAGCAUACGUGGUAUUGGGGUCUGAUUUGCUUGCCCUGGCCAAGUGAAGGAAUCACGGAUUUCAGAUUUCUUCACUGCAGCAGUUGAGGGAUAGCUAGAUAUCACCCUUUCUGAGUGACAAGAUGGCGGACUGGCAACCUGAUGGCUUUUGUUUGAACUACACCGGCAAUCUAACGACGUACCCGGUCGUUUUCCACUGUUCCAAACUGAUUAUCAAUAUGACCUCUUGCUAUCCAGUUCAGACUCCCGAAGAAGCAGACCAGAUCCGACUUCUAUGUAACUCUGCAGACAUCAUGUGGGAAGUUCUUUUCUGGUUCGCAAUCGUCUCGGGCAUCCUGGGAAACGGAUUAGCUGUGUUUACCAUUGCGUCACUUCCGUUGUCAACAGCGACGUUUUACGUAGGACUUCUGGCUUGUUCCGACAUGGCGGCGGUGUUUAUUAGAGGAACCUCAUACAUACUUGAAGACAACAUGGUGUACACGCGUGUAUCUGUGACGUGGAAUAUGUUCCACAUGCUCGGUGACUUCAUCGUGUCCUACUCCAACUGGCUUCUCGUGCUCAUCUGUUUGGAGCGCUAUCUGACGGUACGAUUCCCGCUCCACAAACGCUACAUCUUCACCGUCAAACACGCUCGGAUCAGCGCUGUGGUUCUGGCUGCAGUGCUCUUCACUGCUUUCAACGUGAUCGUUUGGGAAAUCGGGUACUUUAAUCCCACAAUUUUCCACGUCACAAAUCUCCUGUAUUCAUUGCUGCCCCUCAUUCUCAUUCUGGGUUUUAUAUUUCUAAUCUCCCACCAGUUGCGGAAAAUCCAGGACAAACGGAAAUCUCUCAACGCGCAUGUGCAGUCUCCGAAAACACACUCGGCUGCAUCCGGCGAUGACGAGAUAAAUUCGAAUGCGACUCAAAGGCUGACAGUCCGGGCGAGGUCUCCGCUCCAGGAGAUUGCCCGUUUGGAGAACAGUAUCACCAUGAUGAUGACCGUGGCCGCCAUCUUCUUCUCAAUCCUCACCAUUCCUGGUUGCAUCCUCAUGUACAUGUUCCAUUAUUUCAGCGCAGAGUGGAACACGCCAUUCCUCAGAGCUCUCUGGUAUAUGCUCUACAAAAUUUCACAGAUUCUCACAUUCCUCAAUUUGUCCGUGAACUUUUUCCUAUACUUUCUGAGCGCGAAAAAGUUCAGAUCUCAGCUGUACAAGGUCGUAAUGCCAAAAUCUUUAAUCAUUCGGAAACCCUCUCCGAAACUUCAACAGUCGACCAACAGUUCCCACGACAAACUACCUCUACAGCCGCUUCGGAACAGUAUUUCAGACAGCAAUCAAUACUUUAUCGGCAACGGCCGGAAAGAGUCUCCCAUCAGUGACGUCAGAGGGACGGUACAGGUCAGCGAGUGGACGAUUGGAUCAACGGCUUGAGGACUCACGGAACCCUACAAGGGAAAGAUAAAGAUGUGAUGGCUCUAGGAUACGUAGGAGCAGAGCGUCUGACAUCGACACAGGAUAGUUCUGUUUCAAAUCGUUUCCCCGCAACUUUCAUCAUCCGAGAGUUUAGUAUUCAAGGCGUAUUUGCAUGAGGAACGUCAGCAUCUGUGUUAUAAUGGCAGGACUCACGGCUGUUGUACUCAGAAGAUGUGAAUUCCAUUAUAGCUUGGAGAAAUU